GCUCGAUAAUCUUUCACUCAUAUGGAGAUGUCACCAUGGCCGGUGAAGAACUGCAAAAUAUUUAGGCCUUUGCUCGGCGCUUACAGCCCUUCAGCAGGGAGAUAUCUUUAUUGUGUCACGCCUAAUAUGACACGGGACCUCGGUUUUUCAGUCUCAUUCGAAGGAGUGCCCCAUCUAGUCGUCUCUUACAACAAGCAAGGGAUACUAGGAUCUAUUCUAACCCGGAUCUCCACGGAAUUCCAGGGGCUGGGGCACCAUUCCCGGUCGGACUCGUUGUCCUACGGGAACUCACGACGUAAUCUCUCUCUUUUCUCGCGAACUCAUAAGACGAGCGGAGGUAUUUCAUUGUGCUCAGCAGUAUAGGUGUAUUUGUCAUCUGGUCUUUUACCUGUACAGACAACGAUGUCAUCCGAGAGAAAUAUCAAUGUUAUACCUGUGGCAAAAUUUGGUUUUGUUGAUGGAGGUAACUACGAGGCGCAUCGCCCUGGAUACACAGAUGAGGCAGUCAAAGAAGUCAUCUCUAUGGCAACAGACUCGAUAAAGUCUUUAGGAGAUUGUCAGUACGAUAUCCUAGAACUGGGAGCAGGAACGGGAAAAUUCACACAGUGUUUGUUAAAGAAUAUUCCCCAGGAGCUGAAAGUCUUGCUAACAGAACCAUCGGAAAAUUUCCUCAAAACAUUGGAGAAGAAAUUCCCCGAUAUGAAUACGAGACAGUGCAGCGCCGACAACAUUCCUGUGACCGAUCACUCCGUCAAUGCGAUAAUCGCUGCACAGUGUUUUCACUGGUUCGCAAAACCAGAAGCUAUUACAGAAAUUACACGAGUAUUGAAACCGGGAGGAAAUUUUGUUCUCAUCUGGAACAUUAAAGACCAGAGCUCUCUCUUAAACUCUGAUUUUCGAAAUCUGAUAUUGAAAUGGGUAAAGGAUACGCCACAGUAUUUUGACGGAGCGUGGAAGGAUUUUUUGGAUAGAUGUAAUCAGGUCCGCUUGGUGUCAAGAAAACAGUUAGGCGGAGUUCAAUUAGGGGGCUCCAUCGAGGAAGUAGUACACCUGGCAUCUACACUUAGUUUCAUUCAAUCCUUAGAGGAGACUGAGAAAAAGAGAGCAUUGACUGAAAUCAACAAAUUUUAUGAAAACCAUCCAGAAUCUAGAGAGAAAGAGUAUAUUUCAAUGCCCAUGAAAACUGAUGUUCUACAUUACAAAGUAUAAUGAUAAUAGAAUAAGGAGACUUUAGAUCUAUCUUAUGUCACCAUUAUCAAUUAAACACAGCUUAGUAA